AAUCAAUAAUUAAUAAAGAUAAUUGAUCUGAAAAUGUCGGGCCAUAAGUAUAUAGGUAACAAUAAAUUAUUUGAUGAUGUGGACGACGAAACGUUCCUACGUAACUCGAGACAUUCCUACAAUCCGCCUCCCAGCUUCGAGGAGCAGAAGCAGUCGUUCAUCGAACGCAAGCAGGAGAUCGAGGACCGCACGAUCAAAAGCACGGAACGCAGCAUAAGCCUGCUCAGGGAUUCGGAGCAGGUCGGCAUCGCGACCGCCGAGGAGCUCAUGCGACAACGCGAGCAGCUCGAACGCACCGACAAGCGGCUCGACGAGAUCAAUCAAACGCUGAGAUUCUCGCAGAAGCACAUCAACGGCAUCAAAUCCGUCUUUAGCAGCCUUAAGAGUUACAUUUCGGGUCGUAACGAUUCCAGUCCGAGUAUAAGCACCGGCUCUAGUAACACGCAGACCACCAACUCCACCAUAAUCGAAAAUAAGGUGUCCGAGUACGAUCGGUACGAGAACCACCCGACCACGCGCCUGCGAAACCCCGAGCCCGACUCGUUUCAGCAGGGCUCGUCGAGUAAGAACUUCAGCGCCAGGCUAGACGCGAACUUACAAGAGAUGCACAGUUCGAUUUCCAAAUUGAAGGGAUUGGCGAGCGACCUCUCCUACGAGAUCGACUCUCAGAAUGAUCUUAUCGGCGAUAUUAUCGAAAAAACGGAUGUGGCCGAUGUUACGAUAGUGAAACAAAAUAAGGAGAUGCAUAGAAUUCUACAGAAAUAAUUGGCGAUUUUUUUCUUCAUUUAUUGUAAUAUGUGUAUAUAAUUUGUUAUUAAAUGCAGGGGGGCGUAUUAUUUCUAAAAUGUUAUUGUAUAAAUAUACAGGGUGUUAUUUUGUAAUGUCAAUAGUAAGAUUCAUUAAAUCCACUCAGUGCUAA